UCAUAUGAAAACUGGUUUUAGUGUCAUAUAAAUAGUUUUAAAAAGAGAAAUGAUAUUUGAAAAAAGGUACCUUUUUUCAAAUGAAAACUUCUACUCUCAUCUUAAUCAUGGGCACGAUAUCACGAUGACCCGAAAGUUUUAGUGUCAUAUAAAUAGUUUAUGAAAGAAUCCAACUAAUGUUUUCGGCUUAAGUUAAUUUUGUUAUUAUGAUAGUUUAGAAGAAUUUUUGAUGGGAGCUACAAAUCGACAGUAAAUUAUUCAUAUUAUUUUUUAUAUGAAAAGUUAAUUUUUUAUUUAGAUUGAUGAUCUCAUGAUAACAUAAAACGGCGGUAAUAUUUUAAUGAAUUAUCCUCAGUUAAUAGAAAUGGUAUUGACACCAGAAAAAUGAUUUAUUUUUCUUAUUCAACAAAAAUAAUUUAUGAAGAAUAAAAAGGAUUUAACUUUAAAAAAAAAAAGAAUCACAACUUCACACAUAAAGAACACAAAUACUGAUAAACUAGCUUAAUUGAAGAAUUCGUAAGAUUUCUUGUAAUACUUUUUUUUUCUUGAAAAGAGCUUUCUAUUUUUUUGUUAAUACUUUAUACGUAAAUUUUACAUUAUUGGUUUGAAUUCUUGAUCAAUCACUAUAAAAUGUAAAAUGUUGUUAGUAAAAGAAAGAAAAAAACUUCUCAAACACACAUAAAUGAAGAUGCUCAUAGCUCCUCAGGCCAACCAAAACAGAACAAAAUUUGUUUGUCCACAACUUACAAAAGAGAAAAUAAUAAAACUUCUAUGAUGUUGAGGAUGGUGUUUAACUCAAACCACACACGAUACGUUAUUUAAUUAGAUGAUGUUGAAGAUGGCUUAAUUUUUUGGACCUUCGCGCCGCUAAUUGGCUGUGAUUAUACACUAUAAUUACUGGAUUUUGGUCUCCACUUCUUAUUGUUUAUCUUUGAUGUGGCUGUGUAAGAAACACCGGUUCAUUUGAUCAUCUUCAUAUAAAUAUAUAUUCAUUAUUUUCAACGAAUAAUCUCAUUGUAAGACGAGUACAAAAUUAUGUAACCACCGUAUAUUCUUAUGUUACAAUAAUUACCAAGUUGCGCUAGUUGCUGCACCUGGACAAGAUAAGCUUAAUCUUUUGCUUGACAGGUAGUGGCGGACUGACUAAAGAGAGAUGGGAUCACAUGACACAUCUUAUAGAUGUAUGCAAAAUACAUGAAGUGUUAGCAGCACUUUUGGUUAAAGUUAACAUAUUGAACACAAAAAACCAGCGUUUGACUGUUGUCCUAACCUCAAUUUUUUUUCUAUUGUUGGAUUCGCCACUGAUAGCAGAGAACAUGGGAGAAGGAUGUCUUUUGGAAUGUAUAUGGUCUGGUUAUUUGGAAGCUUACGUAAUCUUUACAUAUUUUAAAGUAAAUAAAUCUUUAAAUAAAUAUACAAAUUCAUGGGAGGCAUAGUUUUGUUUCAUUGUAUAGAAAUAUAUAGAUGGACGCACUUGUUGUAAAAAUACCAAAAUUUAUAUUACAUGCAUUUUGGAUUUUAGUAAUUUUAUCCGCUUUUAAUGAGGAACACUAGAUAGAUAUCUUGAAAAGAAAAAAAUGGAAAAAGUUAAUGGCAUGGAGUAAUCAAAGGAUAAUCACGUAAAAUCAGUAAAUGCAAACCCCUCAAAAUCCAACAAAAUCAAUAAAAACAUUGAGAAUAUUUUCUAAACAAUAUAUAUUCUUCGAUUUACAAUAAAUCUAAGCUUCUUUUACAGAAUUUCUGUUUUUUUUAACCGCACUAAUCCCUGAAGAAUGCUCCAAACCGAAUCAAGAAAAUGGAUCCAAAAACGUUGUUUUGUUUACCAGAAGGAGAUGCCUUGUUUAAUCCACUCAACACCAUGUUUAUUCAAAUGGCUUGCAUUCUCGUCUUCUCUCAGUUCUUCUAUCUCUUCCUUAAACCCUGUGGCCAAGCCGGUCCCGUUGCUCAGAUUCUUGCAGGGAUUGUGUUGAGUCUGCUCACAAUAAUCCAAAAAGUCCACGACUUCUUUCUACAAAAAGAGUCAGCAAGCUACUACAUAUUUUUCUCGUUCCUUUUACGAACAUGUUUCAUGUUCUUGAUCGGUCUCGAACUCGAUCUUGACUUUAUAAAACGAAACUUGAAAAACUCCAUUCUCAUAACCUUUGGCACAUUACUAUCUUGUGGAAUAAUCUGGAUCCCUUUCCUGUGGUUCCUCGUCCACUUCCUUCACAUCAAACAAGACUUCUUAACGUUUUACCUAGCCUUCCUCGUUACCUUAUCCAACACGGCAUCUCCUGUAGUCAUCCGCUCGAUCAUCGAUUGGAAACUCCACACGUCUGAGAUCGGACGGCUAGCAAUCUCCUGCGGAUUGUUCAUCGAGAUAACCAACAUAUUCGUUUACACCUUUGUCAUCUCUUACAUCUCAGGGACAAUGAGUGGCGAUAUCUUUGGCUACAUCUUUGCCACAGGAGUUAUAAUAUUGAUCAAUAGAUUCUUAGCUGCAUGGCUCCCGAAACGAAACCCUAAAGAGAAGUACCUCUCUAAAGCUGAAACGCUCGCCUUCUUCAUACUUAUUUUAAUAAUCGCGGCGACCAUCGAGUCAAGCAACAUAAACUCCACGGUGUUCGUGUUUUUCAUCGGAUUGUUGUUUCCGAGAGAAGGCAAGACUUACAGAACGUUGAUCAACCGGCUGAGUUACCCUAUUCACGAGUUUGUUCUUCCGGUUUACUUCGGUUACAUUGGGUUUAGAUUCAGCGUCAGCUCGUUAACCAGACGCCAUUACCUGGUUCUUGGUAUGACGGUGGCUUUAAGCAUCGUAGGGAAGCUUCUUGGAGUUUUAUUCGCUUGUUCUUUCCUUAAGAUCCCAAAGAAGUAUUGGCUUUUCUUGUCUACUGUUCUGUCCGUAAAAGGUCACAUGGGUCUGGUUCUCCUGGACUCUAACUUGGCUUACAAGAAAUGGUUUACUCCGGUCAUACAUGAUAUGUUCGUUGCGUCAUUGGUGAUCACGACUUUGUUGAGCGGAGUACUAUCGUCAUUGUUACUUUGGACGCAAGAAAAGGGUUUCUCCCACCAAAAAACAUCGCUUGAGUUCCACGACACCAAAGACGAGCUACGAGUGUUGACUUGCGUCUACGGUGUGCGUCAAGCUCGUGGACUAAUCUCUUUAGUCUCUGCUCUACACGGAGCUUCUUCUUCGCUCUUCACGCCUUAUCUCAUGCACCUCAUACCCCUCCCGAAGAAGCGGAAAACUGAGCUGUUGUACCACGAGCUAGACGAAGAUGGAGUGAACGCCAUCGGCGGAGACGAUGAGUUUGGGACCAACGAAGGACUAGAGAUCAAUGACUCGAUAGAUUCUUUCACUAGAGACAGAAAGAUCAUGAUCCGGCAAGUGAAACUCGUGGCGCAGAUGGAGAACAUGCACGAAGAGAUCUGUGAUGGUACCGAAGAUCUUCGCGUUUCGAUAGUGUUUCUUCCGUUUCAUAAACACCAGAGGAUCGAUGGGAAAACUACAAACGACGGGGAAGUGUUUAGGGAUAUGAACAGGAAGGUUCUAAAGCAAGCACCGUGUUCGGUCGGAAUCUUUGUGGAUAGAAACAUAACUGGGUUUCACCAGCUUCACGGGUUUGAAUCGGUGCAACACGUUGCUGCAUUGUUCUUUGGUGGUCCUGAUGAUCGUGAGGCUCUUUCCUUGUGUCAUUGGCUUACUAGUAACUCUCAGAUUCAUCUCACUAUUAUACAGUUUGUGGCCGAUGACUCAAAGGUGGAGAAACUUGUUGGAGAUACGGUGACUAAAGAAAACAAUGAUGUGUUAUUAGAGAUUGUUGGUGAAGAUCACACCAAAGAUGAAAUUGAUCGAAUUUUCUUAGAAGAAUUUUACAACAGAUUUGUAACGACGGGGCAAGUUGGAUUCAUAGAGAAGCGAGUAAGCAACGGAACACAAACACUAACGAUCUUGAGAGAGAUAGGAGAGAUGUAUUCACUGUUUGUAGUAGGAAAAAACAGAGGAGAUAGCCCAAUGACGUCGGGGAUGAACGAUUGGGAAGAGUGUCCGGAGCUAGGAACGGUCGGAGAUUUCUUGGCUUCAUCGAAUAUGGAUGUAAAUGCUUCUGUAUUAGUAGUUCAAAGACAUAGACACUCUUUUGAUAGCUUUGUAGAUGAAUAACAAACAUUCUUUAGUUUUAUACACCAAUGCUUCCAGUUUAUUAGUUUUUUCUUGCAUCAAGACAGACAUCAUGAUUUGAAAACAUAUUGAACAUGAGAAUUUAUAAGCUUUAAUAUUUAAAGGCUAAAUUCAAGACAAACAUCACAACUGUUACACCAUUUUUCAAUGUCUAAUUUUUAUUUAGGAGAAUAAAGCUGUAUCAUAUACUAUUUACUUCUGAAAAAAAUCAACUUAUUAUUUACUGUUGCAUAUCAAGAAAAAAUAAUUCAUAUGUAUAGUUUUGUUUAUAAAAUGCAUGGUUGUUUUCACUGGAGAUUUAAGCAUUGAAUAUAU